AGCUUGUAACGUGCAGACAAACAACGGAAACCGAAUUACGAAAAUACGCUCGAUUAGUGUACAAAAGUAUUUUUAAACAAUUGAGUACAAAACUAUAAGCAAAUAAUUGUGAAAUCCAGAGAAAUUUACUGCGCGCCAGCAAAGUAAAAAGCAUAAAAAUGCUAGCACGCCGCUCAAUCGUUGGCGUACAAGCGUUGAAACAACAUUGUCGCAAAAUGUCGCAAGUCGGUGAAUUGGGUAGUGGCGCUGGCAAGGGAGGCGGCGGUGGCGGCUCCAUACGUGAGGCAGGCGGCUCGUUUGGCAAAAUGGAGGCAGCGCGCGAGGAGGAAUUCUUCUACAAGCAGCAAAAGGAGCAGUUGAAGAAUUUGAAAACAAAAAGCGGCGAUGCAACAAAGAAUGCAAAUUUAGCAGCGCAACCGGCGAAACAGUGAAAUGAUGGCAGAGAAGAAAAAAAAAAUACGUUUGUAUUGUUGCCAAUCGGUGCAUUGCCCUCAAGUUGAAAUCAAAAUAUUUUACGCUACGUAAAUGUGAAGUUUAAAAAUUUGUUUUGACAACCUAGUUGUACAAAAAUGUUAAGUUUUGAAAGUGAAAAGACUCUUAUUCAAUAAAGGAAUAUGAAAAGUUACUAAUUUGAAACAAAGUUUUACUCGAAAUAAAAAAUUUACCCAGAUGACAUUGGAACAUUUUCUACAUAUUAGACGAAAAAAAUUCUGCUACUGUUGACUGGGUAUUUCGAAAGAAUCACUCGCGCAAUACGUCGCAUCCGAAAACUGAUAUGCAUGUCCAGGGCCAUCGAGAGAAAACUCGGACACAGACUGCAGAAUCACUGGCCCUAUACAAAAAUAAUUUAUGAUUAAUUGUUUAUUCUAAUAAUUGGAAUAUUUUGAUAAUAAAAGCCUAUAACGAAGGAGCAA